AUGAGAAAUCUGACCUCCAGGUUGGCACCAUCCUGUCCUGAUCUUAGACCCCCAGCUGCCCAGAGCACUCUGGCUGGUGGACCAGGUGUCAAAAGUAUUCCCUGGAGUAGACCGCAGAAUGCUUACACUUAUGAAGACCUGAUGCUCUACUGGAAGAGUAGAGAUGAAUCAGUGAGCACAGAUGACAAGAUCUCUCUGUCUCAGUUCCUCAUUCAGAAGUUUCACACCACCUUCAGACUGGCCUUCUACAGCAGCACAGGUUGGUACAAUUGUCUUUACAUCAACUUCACUCUGCGUCAUCAUAUCUUCUUCUUCCUGCUUCAGACCUACUUUCCCGCCACUCUUAUGGUCAUGCUGUCAUGGGUGUCCUUCUGGAUCGACCGUAGAGCUGUUCCUGCUCGAGUCUCAUGAGGUGAAUUCAUUGGGGAGACCAGUGGGCUGGUUUGGCCGAAUGACAAU